GACUGAAUAAAACAGAAACUAAAAUGCCUUGCAUGUGUCUUAAGUCCCAAGUCCUAUCAACAAACGCAAACUUUAGUCCUUAGAGGAGUUUUGAUGUGCUGAUUGUCUUUGAGAUUGAUUGUGCUCACCAUGAGUUUUGUGGAAUAUUCCGAUUGUAUUCAAGAUGGGGACGUUGCCAUCAUGUACCUGGGCCUGAACAUGAUGACGCCCGUCAAGGUGCAGCAUGGAGCCCAGACGCAGACACGCUACGGAGCCAUUCGCCACUCCACAGACCUGAUUGGUCAGCGUUAUGGGUCCAAGGUCACCUGUAGUAAAGGUGGGUGGGUGCACAUGCUUCACCCCACGCCGGAGCUGUGGACCGUCUCCCUGCCACACCGCACCCAGAUUCUCUACACCACAGACAUCUCCACCAUCACCAUGAUGCUGGAGCUGAAACCAGGCUCCGUCGUGUGCGAGUCAGGGACGGGCAGCGGUUCCCUCUCCCACGCCAUCCUGCGGACCAUCGCCCCCACCGGUCACCUGCACACGGUGGAGUUCCACGAGCAGCGGGCGGAGAAGGUGGCGGAGGAGUUCAAGGAGCACCGCGUGGACCACCUGGUCACCGUCAGGAACCAGGACGUGUGCAAGGACGGCUUCGGGGUGACGGGGGUGGCAGACGCCGUCUUCCUGGACAUCCCUAAACCCUGGGAGGCAGUGGGGCACGCCAAGACUGCCAUGAAGAAGCACGGAGGCCGGCUGUGCUCCUUCUCUCCCUGCAUCGAGCAGGUCCAGAGGACGUGCGAGGCUCUGGAGAGCCAGGGCUUUGACGAGGUCAGCACCCUGGAGGUCCUGCUGAGGGUCCUGGACGUCCGCACCAUCACCCUGCCGCUGCCAGACUUUGGCCCCGACCCCGCCAACCAUGUGGAGUCCAACGCGGUGGACGGGGCCCCCCCCAGCGCUGCUGCAGCCCCCCCCUCCGUCACCAUGAAGACCACCACGCCCCCCACUAAGAUGGCCGCUCACACUGGAUACCUCACCUUCGCUACCAAGCCCAGAACCUGAAGCUGGCAAAGGCAUUUUUAUGUUAUAACUCCUUUUAUAUGAUGUCAUUCAUAAGACUGAUGAAGCACCGGGCUCUCCAGCUGCCCCGCGGCACCCAGAGGAUUUACAGAUCUGUGUGCCACUUGGCAGCAGUUCAUCCAUCACACGUCAUCAGGCAGGACCCAGGACCGGGAGGACAUUUAAUUUGUGCAGAUUAACAUUUAUAAGUGAAAUCAAUUCUAAUCAUUUUCUUUUAUGAAAUAUGUCUUUUAAGAAAUUAUAUAAUUUCAGAACUUUUUCCCUCUUUAGGACUUUUUUGUUCAAAUAAAUACAGCUAAUUUGUGAAAGUG